CAUGCAACAAGACAGCAGGAAUAAGUGCAAUGUUAAAGUGUUAAACUAAAAAUGGAGGAUAAAGACAAGGAGACAGCAAGCUUGUCUUACAGCAGUUUAGGAGCUAGCAGAGGACCAGUGUCAUUCAUUAAUGAUACAAUGGCCAACAUAAUCUUCGCAGAGCGAGAAAACUCAUGUCUUCAACCACCAUCUCUGAAGAUGAGACAGCGGCUUCAGUCUGCUCCAGAGAAACUCUUGAAAUCUCCUAUGACUGCCUUUAACACUCCUAUGCCUUCUGGUCGUAAAGCUUUUGGUAUUGUCAACAAAAAAAUCUCAACCCCUGCUGUCAACAUACAAGAGAAGAAAUGUGUAAAGCAGGAAACUAAAGUCAAACAUGCUCCUCAGACCAAAGAGGUGGAAUAUCCAGAAAUUGAGAAGUUCAUCCCUUAUGACCCACUAGAGUUUGAGAAGUACAGCAUACCUGAAGAUUUCAUUCCCCUCAGUGGAUUUGCUCUACCUGGACUGGCCUGUUUCCCACAAGCGCCACAUCUGUGUGAGGAGGACCUGGAACAGUUCGCUCCACUCCCAAACCUGUCACCUGUAAAAAUGCCAAAAUGUUCAGAUUAUUGCUCAGAGCUGGACUCCUUUCUUCAAACACUUGACGAGCUGACCAUUGAACUUCCUCCAGAACCGAAAUGUUAAUGCAUGCCUUUUUUGUUAUGACUACUUUUUAUUUUUUAAACUGAAAUAAAGUUUGUUUUAUUCCC